AUCAGGCCUUAAAUCUAGGCAGAAGAAAGGCGACUCGGAGUGGAGAAGCGGCGGAAGCCGGGCACCAGCCAGGAAGGGUGGAAAGCGCUUUAUCUGAUCUUCUGGCCCGCGGCUGGCGAUAGCGCCGGUAACCUGAGUAGAGUAAAUACAGACACGUGGGUGCCGGCGAGAGAAAGCCCGGAGCCGCGCCGCGCGGGAGGGCUGUUCCAGGCCGCUCCGGGAGCCCGGGGGGCGGGGGCGGAUGGACCCUGAUAUCCGACACCCCACGGGUCACCCUUGUUCAACAACUGGGAAACCCUCUGGAGGAAAUCCGGUGGAAAAGUCCUGACACCCAGACGAUUUUACUAACGCCUUUUCCCUCCAAAGAAACUUGGAGAGUAUACCCCUUUUUUUCUUCCUUAAAUGGCAUCUUUCUGCCCCCAAAAAGAAAGCAUGUGGUUUUGGGGGCGGGGACAUUUUGGGUUUUAAACCACGCGUUUAAGAAUACCUCAGACUUACCUUCUCCAUCCCAAUGGCAGGGGUGGCCAGACAAGCACAAACCUCUCAGGAGUCCUACCACGACAAGGCCAGAGAACACCCUGAUGAUGGAAAGCAUCCAGAUGGAGGCCUCUACAACAAGGGGCCCUCCUAUUCCAGUUAUUCUGGGUACAUAAUGAUGCCAAAUAUGAAUAACGACCCGUACAUGUCAAAUGGAUCUCUUUCUCCACCCAUCCCAAGAACAUCUAAUAAAGUGCCCGUGGUGCAGCCAUCCCAUGCGGUCCAUCCUCUUACCCCCCUCAUCACUUACAGUGACGAGCACUUUUCUCCAGGAUCACACCCAUCACACAUCCCAUCAGAUGUCAACUCCAAACAAGGCAUGUCCAGACAUCCUCCGGCUCCUGAUAUCCCUACCUUUUAUCCCCUGUCUCCGGGUGGUGUUGGGCAGAUUACCCCACCUCUUGGCUGGUUUUCCCAUCAUAUGAUUCCUGGUCCUCCUGGUCCCCACACAACUGGCAUCCCUCAUCCAGCUAUUGUAACACCUCAGGUCAAACAGGAACAUCCCCACACUGACAGUGACCUAAUGCACGUGAAGCCUCAGCAUGAACAGAGAAAGGAGCAGGAGCCAAAAAGACCUCACAUUAAGAAGCCUCUGAAUGCUUUUAUGUUAUACAUGAAAGAAAUGAGAGCGAACGUCGUAGCUGAGUGUACUUUAAAAGAAAGUGCAGCUAUCAACCAGAUUCUUGGCAGAAGGUGGCAUGCUCUCUCCCGUGAAGAGCAGGCGAAAUAUUAUGAAUUAGCACGGAAAGAAAGACAACUUCAUAUGCAGCUUUAUCCAGGCUGGUCUGCAAGAGACAAUUAUGGUAAGAAAAAGAAGAGGAAGAGAGAGAAACUACAGGAAUCUGCAUCAGGUACAGGUCCAAGAAUGACAGCUGCCUACAUCUGAAACAUGGUGGAAAACGAAGCUCAUUCCCAACGUGCAAAGCCAAGGCAGCGACCCCAGGACCUCUUCUGGAGAUGGAAGCUUGUUGAAAAUCCAGACUGUCUCCACUGCCUGCCUAGUCGACCCCAAAGGAACACUGAUACCAACUUGACCCUGAGGUCAUUGCUAGAGAUGCUGAUCCAUAAAGACAAUCACUGCCAGCCUCCUUCCGUCUACCGCCAGAGCCAAGUUCCCAAACAAAGCAUCAAAAGGGUUUCUAAAAGGAAAUUGAAAAGCACGGGAGAACGAGAGCAGGCCCUGAUCAGCUGAGCAGCUUUUCUCUUCCAUCUCCGUGUGUACUUCCCAGAGCAUCUUGCCUCCAUACCUGUAACCUCUCGGCAAGGACAGUCACUUGGUUGUGUCUGCCUGCCACGCGCAAAUGGAGCCAGCAGCCAGCAUGGCCAUCAGCAUCCCAGCGGAGGAAUUUGUGGAAGCGCUCCCUCUUUGUUUCUGUUUUCAUUUUUCUUUCUCUUCCUUUCUCCUAAAGCUUUUAUUUAACAGUGCAAAUGGAUCGGUCUUGUUUGCUUUUUUUUUAAACUUGAAUUUUUAAAAUUUACACUUUUUAGUUUUAAUUUCUUUGUUGUAUAUUUUGCUAGCUGUGAGCUUUUAAAUAAAAUUCAAAGGUCUGGAAAAGUUUGAAAUGCAAAUGGAAAAUACCAAGAAGCCCCCCCCCCCUUUUUUUUUUCCUCCUGAGAGACAGCUUGCCUGAUAAGUUGCUUCUCUGUGAAUUGCCUGUAACAAAUAGUGGCUUCUCCGUCCUUGUAAGGUGUUCGAUAGAGCUAAAUAAACGUAAUAGCCAAAUCCACUCUGUUGGUAGCAAUCGGCAGUCCUAUUUCAUUUUACCUUUUCUUCUAUUUUAUUUUUCUUUUUUUAAACAGUAAACCUUAACAGAUGCGUUCAGCAGACUGGUUUGCAGUGAAUUUUCAUUUCUUUCCUUCUCACCCCCUUGUUGUAAAAAGCCCAGCACUUGAAUUGUUAUUACUUUAAAUGUUCUGUAUUUGUAUCUGUUUUUAUUAGCCAAUUAGUGGAAUUUUAUGCAGUUGUUAAAAUGAGCAUUGAUGUACCCCCCUUUUUUUUUUAAUAGCAAGGCACAGCCUUUGCCCAAAACUGUCAUUUAACGUUUGUCAUUCCAGUUUGAGUUAAUGUGCUGAGCAUUUUUUAAAAGAAGCUUUGUAAUAAAACAUUUUAAAAGAAAGUGUCA